AUGGAAGUGCAUCGCUGUCGUUUCGUGGAAUACCAACCUGCGGCCAUCAAUGCGCUCAACUUCACACCCCCUACUGCAAAGCAGACACGCUUGGCUGUAGGCAGAGCCAAUGGAAAUAUCGAAAUCUGGGAUCCAGCUCAACGUUACCGUCUCGAGAAAACCAUCCCAGGUGGUAAAGAUCUUUCCGUAGAAACCCUUCUUGAACAAUUGCUUGCCGCUCCCCCACGUCUUUUCUCGUCUGGACUAAACCCUUAUAUUAUCGAAUGGGACACAACAUCACUCACGGCUAAAAAAUCUGUUGAUUCGAACGGUGGUGCUGUCUGGUGUUUGGCUGUCAACAGCACAGGUACUAGACUUGCAGCUGGUUGUGAAGACGGCUGUAUUAGAUUGUUUAACAUAUCCGACGGUUCCCUCGAGUACAUGCGUAGCUUCGAAUCACAAAAAGGCCGUAUUUUAUCUGUUGCAUGGUCACCCGAGGAUGAUUUUAUUGUGUCGGGAGGAUCGGAUAGUUCGAUCCGUAUUUGGAAUGUAGUUACAGGAAGAGCUGCUCAACGUAUGACGGUCAAUAAGGUCAAAAAUGACCACACAUUGGUAUGGACCGUAGCGGUCUUGAAGGAUAAGACUGUCGUUUCUGGUGAUUCACUUGGAAAUUUGAUGUUCUGGGAUGCCGAGCGUGGUACUUUGAAGCAGUCUCACAAGGCACACGGUGCCGAUAUUUUGUCGGUUGUGACCUCGCGUUCCGGCGACCAGGUCUUCUCGGCAGGUGUUGAUCGCAAGCUGAACUGUUUCCGCAAAGUACAACAGCAAAGAAACAACAAAAAUACCUCCACAGCAGGUAACUGGGUAAACAUUGGAAGCCGUCGAUACCAUUGGCACGAUAUCAGAGCCCUUGCUCUGGACGAUCGUCCGUCAGUUAACUCGAUCGUAUCUGGUGGUGUUGAUGUCGAGCUUGUCGCAUGCCCGGCUGCCGAAUUCCCACAAUUGAUCCAAAACAGACUUCCUCCUUUCCCUCACAAAUAUCUCAUUGCAUUAUCAAGAUCACAGAAACUGAUCAUGUCAACCUUCUUCAACUCCGUUUCUCUCUGGCAAUUGGGCAAAGGUAAAAAAAGAAGCAAAAAACAAAAUACAAGGGCUUUUGGAUUUGUGUCGAUCAAGCCAAGUAAAUUUAAACUAAAUCUAACUAUAAUUUCUUUUAAAAAAAUAUUAGCUGGACCUCUUGAUUCAACCACAAAUGCAUUAAACGAGUACCUCCAGAAACACAACGCAAGUUCUGGAGCACAUCAUGUUCUUUUCACACCUGGAUCUGAUAAAUUGAUUGUUGUGACAGCGGAGUCUCGGAUUCUCAUCAUCGAUCUCCUCGGUUGGAAGGAGGGUUCAUUUGAAAUUCUCAGAGAGUUUGGACACCACCGGGGACUCGACAACGAAGGUCGCAGCACGGAUAAAUCAAAGGUUGCAACAGUGAUUUCAUUGGCAGUAAGUGCCGAUGGCCAGUGGCUUUCCACAGCAGACGACGAUAACCGCAUUCAUGUAUUCAAUUUAGACAGCUUAAAGCAUCACAUCAAACUUCCCAAAUCAUCCAUUCCUCAUACAGCACUUUCGUUCAAUGACUUCCGGCCAAAUGAGCUCUGUGUCGCUUUGGCAUCAAACGAGUUUUAUAUUUAUAAUGUCGAGACCAAGCGCUUAACAGAUUGGUCCAAAGCACACACUGACCAAUCUGGUAGCAAGCUGGUUGAACAACGUGAUAGAAUCCGCGGUAUGACAUACAAUCCCGAAUGUCCCGACAAAAUGAUUCUUUACGGCAGCACCUACCUUGCUCAAGUAAAACUGAGUGACACUGCUACUUCUACUACUGAAAAAUCUGCGAAACAUCAAAAGCGCAAGUUUAACGAAGACACAUUGAAGGAGGCAGAUGAACAAAAUAAAGAUAAUACUGAAGCAAAAAAGAAGGGAUCCAUGGAUGUACAUAUUGCACACAAAUAUCAGCAAAUCCUUUAUUGUGGUUUCCUGGACCACAAUUCUAUGGUGAUGAUCGAACGACCGAAAUUCAGCGUACUCGAGAAAUUGCCACCAUCCUACUACAAAGCACAGUUUGGUACCUAAUAGAUCUUUCUCUCUCUAUCUUUUUUCUUUAUAACAAUAAAUCCCACACACACACACACAUACAAAAAUACACACAAAAGUAUUAUG